GAUGAGGGAUUCUUCGGGCGAAACGCAAAGUCUCCGAAAUGGGUGAACUCGGUGACCGAGCUACAACCGGAUGAUUAACGAAUGAGCUCGCUGUUCCCGUCUCAUCCCCCAGCACAGUGACUACGGGUGGGUGGGUUGGUUUAAAUUAGGCUCAACACUUCUGCGGUUACCCCUUUAGCGGCUCACUGCCUGUCCCUGUGUACCAGGUCAUUUCAAAACUUCUAGGUAUAUAAGUCCAAGGGCUAGAAUCGAAGCUUUUUAUUCUGUUAUCGCCCAAUUUUUCUGGUAGCAGCGGCUCCCUAGUUACGGAUUAGGGUUUUGUUCUGUGGUUUUGUAUGAUUCUGCAACGUUGGGAAAGACACGCAUUAAUAGGCAGCACAAUUAGGGUUAUGCCUUAAUUUCAAGAUAUACAUAAAAAUGAGAAUGGGAAAAUCUAUAUUUUAUGGACUUUUUUUUUUUUGAUGAAUUAGGGCUGUGGUUUUCCGAUUUUCAUAGACAAAGGAUCCAGUAUCAAAUACAUGCAUGGAGAAAAUUUGGAUGAGUUAAGUUGACUGAGAGUAUUAGAGAAAUUUUUGAGGAGAUUAGGGUUUUUGGUUCAAGAUAAAAUAGGGCUUUGAAGCUGAAAUUUGUUUGAAUUAUUGAAGAGUUGAGUAAAUUGAAAACAGGGAGAGCACAUCAAUGUCUCUGAGUGUGUUCUGGGUCUGAACUAUUGAAGAAUUUGGGGAAACUCAAAAUCGCUGUCCUUAAAUCUUGCAUCUCUCUGCUUUGAUAUCUAAAUAACACCAGGAAGGGCAAAGAAAUCAGCCAUGUCCGUUACAGCAGGAGUUAGUGAUACCGUUAUAGCCAUUAGGGAUAAACUUAGAGGUAAGAUAGGGCAAACAAAGGUGAAGAGGUAUUGGCCUGGUAAAGCUCCAGAAUGGGCAGAUGAUGCAGAUGAAGAAACUGACAUAAAAACAUCUAAAGCCAUUGCCUUGGAGAAGGCUUUUCCAAGAGAAGAUAUCGAACUUCAGAACAAAGAUGAUGCUAGGCUUCGUAGGUUAGCAGAGAGUCGCAAAGAUAGAGAAGAAGCCAUUGCAACUCAUAGGCUGAUUCGUCAAGCUGAGAUUGUCUCGACACGAGAGGAAGAGAAGAAAGCCCAAGAAGGGUUGGACUUAGAGGAAGAAGAUGAGGAGGCUUUGGAGGAGAGAAGGAGAAGGAUUAGAGAGAAGUUAUUGGAAAGAGAAGAGGCUAUUGUUCAACCAGAAGAAGAGGAGGAGGAAGAAGAAGAGGAAGAGGAAGAAUCUGAAUAUGAGACUGAUUCAGAAGAGGAGCAAGCUGGUAUUGCAAUGGUGAAACCUGUUUUUAUCCCCAAAUCUGAGCGUGAUACGAUAGCUGAGCGUGAAAGGAUUGAAGCGGAGGAGCGUGCUUUCGAAGAGAAAAUGAGAAGGAGAUUAGAUGAGAGAAAGAUUCAAACCAAGCAAAUAGUGGUCGAAGAGAUUAGGAAGGAUGAAGAAAUCCAAAAAAAUGCAGAAAUGGAGGCCAAUACUGGGGACGUGGACACAGAUGAUGAGAUGAAUGAAGCUGAAGAAUACGAAGCUUGGAAGGCUAGAGAGAUUUCGAGGAUAAAGAGGGAUAGAGAAGCAAGAGAGGCUAUGCUGAAGGAGAAAGAGGAGAUAGAGAAGGUUAGGAAUAUGACUGAGGAAGAGAGAAGAGAGUGGGAGAGGAAGAACCCAAAACCUCUAGCCCCACCAAAACAAAAAUGGAGAUUUAUGCAAAAGUAUUAUCACAAAGGUGCUUUCUACCAAACUGACCCAGAUGAUAACUCUGGUACAGCAGGGGCUAAUGAUAUUUAUAGCCGUGAUUUCUCAGCCCCCACUGGUGAGGACAAGAUGGACAAAACCAUAUUGCCAAAGGUUAUGCAAGUGAAACAUUUUGGGCGUAGCGGGAGGACUAAGUGGAAGCAUCUUGUUGCAGAGGAUACGACUGAUUGGAACAACCCAUGGACAUAUAAUGAUACUCUCCGAGCAAAAUACAAUGCCAAAAUGGCUGCCAUGAACAUGCCUAUUGCCAAACCUAAAGGGAGCAAAAAGUUGAAGGAUUGGGACCAACGGUGAUUUCAUGUUGUGGACUCAAGGCCAUAUUUGGCUAGAUGGGCGACAAGCAAAGGUUCUGUUGAUGUUGACGAAUGUUAGUUUUAUCUCUGUGCCUUGACUUCUCUUGGGGUAAUCUUUUGUCAUCAGUGAUGUUUUGACAGCAUUUUCUUGUGGUGAUUGCGGAUGGCUUGAUACAAGAAUUUUUGUAUUUUAUGCGUAAAAUGAUGAUAAACAAGUAGAUUCCAUUAUAUUCACUUGUUAACAUACUUCUUAGGGUUA